AUGGGAUGCGACUGUAGCGGCCCACCGGCUCCAGCCCCCGAGCCUGAUGUUACGCCAAUCUCGGCUCCAACGGAGGAGACGACCAGUUGCCAAGAUGCUUGCUGCGAUAGCGACGACACUGAGCCUCUCGACACCACGGCGCCGGGUCAGGGAGAGCCCACCCUGGAGAAACCGGAUGAUGGCUGCUCCCCUGGUAAAUGCACGGACAAUAAAACCGAGAACGAUACCGACGCGCCUGACUGCUGCCGCGGCAAAGUUGGCCCAUGCUGCGAUACGUCUUGCCUUGACCGCUUAGCUAUGCGGGAAUGCGAGAUGAGUGCUGCGGCUGCCCCCGGCCCAAACGGUCAGCCAACCACUUGCGGUGGAGCUACCGACCCCAAGGCAUGCAGCCAGCAUAGUCUCUCUGCCCUCGACCGCUAUGGCGCUACUCUACAAGCCCUGGGAUGUAUCUGCCGCACUCUCAUUGCUCUUGGCCAGGAAAGCUGCUGUGAAAUUCGCGAGCGCCAUUCCCUGGACGGGAAGCAGUGCUCCAAGAAGUCAUCUGUUCGCUCCCUUCUUCGCACUCCACUGGAUUCCUGCGGCAGCAACAACUCCGUCACCAAGGACCAGGUGGCGCAGAAGCGUCUUCGCCUGCGAAGGGACUUUGGUGAAAGCGCCAGGUCUAUCAAGAAGCCGUCCGCGGAUGCCUGCGUUGUCUCUUCUUGUUCGAAGGACAAGCCUCCCGUCAAAAGUAAGUGCUCGAAGCCGUGCUGUUCUGAGGGCAAACAGGUCAAGGAACCUCGCCCAAAGAGUAACUCCGCCCACUCUUGCUGCACGGACGACAUGGCUAUAAAAGAAGGCCCAACGAAAAACCAAUGCUCCUGUUCUUGCCGCUCCGAGGACACGCCCGCCACGGCUCCAUCCGUCAAGGAUAACUGUGUCAAAUCUUGCUACUCCCUCGAAAAGCCCGCGAAGCAGCCCGCUGCCCAAACUGGACGCCUUGAUUCUCUCUGCUCGGAGACUCCCCAUGUCGAAGAAUCCCCUCCCAAGGUCGGCUGUCUCGGAUCUUGCUGCCCCAGAGACCAGCGUGCCAACGACAUUGACUCCAAGAGCAUACAUGGGGAUACGUGCUGUUCGAAGGUCAAGCCCGUUGUUGAGCCCCCUACUAGUGGGUGUGCAGGAUCUUGUUGCAGAAUAGCUAAGAACACAAUCAGCAAAAAGCCACCCAAUGCCGCCUCCUCUGGCUCUUGCUGCAAUCCACCGACGCAGGAUAUCGUGAAGACUCCAAAGACUAACUGCGCGGACUCUUGCUGUGCAGAAAAGCAGCCGGCCAGCCCUCAAAACUCUUGCACCGAUGCUUGCUGCUCCUCUGCUGCCCCCAGUCCUAGUUUAGAAAUUAAGGAAGCUCCGAUUCAGGCCAUCACCGACAUAGAGAAUCAGGGUACCGGCAAAGAACAUGUUGUUCUCAGCAUUUCUGGCAUGACUUGUACUGGUUGCGAGACAAAUCUCAACCGAACCCUCGUUACUGUCCCCGCCGUCAAAGACCUGAAAACCAGUCUGGUUCUUUCACGAGCCGAGUUCAACAUUGAUCUUCGCCUUGGCUCAGUAGAGGAAGUCAUGAAACAUCUGGAGCGAACAACUGAAUUUAAGUGCGAAAGAGUCCAGAACCAGGGAUCCAGCCUAGAUCUUAUCGUCCCCGAUAUGCCCUCGAAAUUCAUUAGUCAGACAUGGCCGGACGGAGUUAUUGACAUGUCACCCUGGACAAGCAGGCCGUGCGAGUCGCGUUUGAUCCGAAGAUCGUGGGAGCUCGAGACCUCACCGAGAAGAUUUGGGGUCCGCCAAUUGAGCUUGCUCCUCCACGCGGUGACCCUUCGCUAG